AUGUUACCAUUCAAAUCAGAAGAUUUUCAGGCUCUUGAUCACAUAUUUUGUAUCAACGAUGAGGUGAUCAUAACUUUUGACUAUGGAACCAUGAACACAAAUCCUGUUGGCUUCUUACUAGUCCCAUUGAAGUCUACCUAUGGUCAAAAUAUGAGCUGAGGGAUCAUUUUAGCAAUUUUAUGUGGAAAUGAAUUCCAUCGAUUGAAUCAAUUUGUUAUGCGACAGUGUUUUGUCAAAUCUCAAACAAUUUCUCAUCAACAAUUCGUGUUCCAUGUUCUUCUUUCUAAUUCCAAUGGAACAAAUGUGAAUACAGAAAUCUUGUUAUCAACAAAAAAUCGUCAUGUAAUUAAUUCAUCUGAUGAAUAUCAAAAUAAUCGUUCUUAUUCGUGUUAUUAUAAAUUUCCAUAUCUGAGAUCGAGUGAACUUCACUUUGGUUCUCCUUCAAAAACACGAGCAAUUGCUUUUCUUUCUUCUUGUAUCAUUUUGAUAUUCAUCAGUAAUUUCAUGUGUUGUUUCAGUUGUUGUUGUUGUUUUAUUUAUUAUCGAAGCAAAUCUCGACACGAAAAUAACAUUGGUGUUCUUGACAAUACAAGUGAAAUGACACAAACAUCAUCGACAAGUUUCAACUCAAGAAGAGAUCGACAAGAAAAUCUAUUUACAUACGAACAAAAUCUUUUUCCUCCUUCAUAUGACGAUGCAAUACAAGGAACAAGUUUAGAACAUUUAAAAAGAAAUGUUGAUAAUGUAUUCAAUCGAUGGCCAUUAGGAACACAAAUGCCAAAUGCAGUUCGAUUUUAA